AUGACUCAGUUUAGACCGAUCAGCCUUAGUAACGUGGUGUAUAAAAUUGCUUCCAAAGCGAUUGUGAACCGCCUUAAACCGCACAUGAAUUUCAUUAUUUCGGAUUCUGAAUCUGCUUUUGUCCCGUCAAGGUUGAUCUCACACAAUAUUCUCAUUGCUUACGAAGUUGUCCACUACAUGAAGCGGAGUACGGCGGAGCAUAUGGCCAUUAAAUUGGAUAUGAGUAAAGCUUAUGACCGUAUUGAAUGGUCGUUUUUGCGUGGGGUGAUGUCCAGGCUUGGCAGUAUGCAAGGAAGCUCCGACGAUAUCACAUUUGCUUUUUGCCGACGACACGAUAAUUUUUGUAAUUCUAAUAUUUACUCAGCUGCAUGGGUAAAGAAAAUUUUACGAGUCUAUGAAGAAGCUUCGGGGCAGAUGGUGAAUUAUCAGAAGUCCAGUAUUGUGUUCAGCAAAACGACUACUGAAGAAAACAUUAAUUUAAUUUGUUCUGAACUUCCUAUGGAGGUGGUCGACAAUCACGACAGAUACUUGGGGCUUUCCUCUACUUUGGGUAAAUCAAAACGAGAAGCUUUUGCAAAUCUUCGUGAUAAGGUCUGUCGACGACUUCGAGGGUGGACAGAAAAAUGGUUCUCAAGGGGCGGCAAAGAAAUCCUUAUUAAGGCGGUGAUUCAGGCAAUUCCAACUUAUGCAAUGAGUUGCUUUCGUCUACCUCGAUAUUUUAUUGAAGAGAUGGAAAAGCAUAUGGCUAAGUUUUGGUGGGUGAAUACAAAGGGCAAAGGAAUUCAUUGGGCUAAAUGGCAAGAUAUGUGUUCCAGCAAGGAUUUCGGGGGCCUGGGGUUCCGAGAUUUAAAUGUUUUCAACACAGCCCUACUCGUUAAACAAGUGUGGCGUCUAAUGGUCUCUCCUCACAGAUUGUUGGGUCGAAUCUAUAAGGCGAGGUAUUAUCCACUAUCUAAUAUUCUUGAUUCAUCUCUUGGGUCAAAUCCGUCGUACACGUGGAGGAGUAUUUGUGGUGCUAUAGACUUGCUCAAAAAAGGCACUCGUUGGAGAAUCGGGAAUGGAGAAAAUGUGCAGAUUUGGGGUGAUAGAUGGCUUCCGAGGGGCAGUACUUUCAAACCUUUCACUCCACGGGGUCAGUGGCCAAGAGAUAUGAUGAUGGAGAAAGAAAAAGAUGGAUCGAACUUAGCUUCUAGCUCUUCGUCGAAUUUAUCGGGCGAUGAGGAUGUGUUGCAUUGCCUAGCUCUCUGCACCUUCGCUAGACAAGUUUGGGCAUUGAGUGGGGUACCGUAUUUGAUUCAUUGGCCGAAGGAUAAAUCGGUUAUUGAAUGGGUUUUAUGGAUGAAACAGCAUCAAGAUAGUGCACAGUUUGAAGAUUUUGAUGGAAGAUGUGUUGGAUGGUACUCUAUUAGUUGUAAACAAUAUUUUGAUUCAGUCACAGCUGAGGCAAUGGCAGCUUUGAAAGCCUUGGAGUUUGCUCGCGAUCAUGAUUUUCGUCGAGUUGCAUUGGAGGGUGAUUCAAGUAUUAUUGUAGCAGCAAUUCGUGGUGAAGACGAUUCAUAUACAAGCUAUGGAAAUCUGAUCAACGACAUUAAACAGCUAGCUACUACUUUUGAAGAGUUUCUUCAUAUUUACCAUAUUUUGAGGGAAGGGAAUUCUGCAGCUCAUGAAAUUGCUAAACUAUCGAUAUUGUAUCCUCUAAAUUUUCAAGUUAAAUGA